UUGAGCGGAGAGCGUUUUUAUUUAUUUAUUAUAUUAUAUUAUUUCACGUUGGACCGUUUCGUAGAACGCUCGGCCUUUUCUCCGCGGUUUUAAUUUUUUUUUCGUUCGUUUUACCUUCAGUCUUUUGUAUUAAUUUUUUCAUUUUUCUGUCAACAAGGACCCAUCAAACAAUCUUCACUAUCGUAAGUAUAAACAUUUUGUACACCGUGCGGCUCCGUACCGAAAGUACGCGCGCAGACGGGGAUUUCAUCGAUUUUCCUAUACCGUUCACUGUAAUAAUGGCGGGUAACGAGACGCCGCCGUCGCGUUAUCGUCGUAGCCGCCGUUGAUAUAUUUUCAAAUUGAUAUUAUUGGGCAUAAUAGUGUAGGACUUCCGUAUCGUAUUUUAUUCCGGCGAUUUCCGGUCUAUUGCAGUAGGUUUUUUUCAUUAUAUUCUGCGCGUCCUCCCGCCGCGGCCUCCGCCGCCUUCAUUAACCCGCGUCUAAAAUGCCAGUCGCGUCUUAAUUUUCGCGUACGUCUCCGUAUCGAUUUCCAUUGUUUCGGGGGAAUUUUGUUUUGUUUUUACCACUAAGCGCGUCCGGCGCCGAUUUGUGGUAUAGAUAUUAUUAUAAACAAUCGAUGAUUUUUUUUUAAUUUUUUUUUUUUUUGAAAUAUCAUUGGUCCGUUGUAAUAACGGUCGAGAGAAAAAAAAAAAACAAAUCACCCCUCCAAAUUGCGGCGGCCGUCGAAUAUUUUCCUUUUUUUUUUUUCUGUUGUCCGCAUCGAUAAUUUUCUCCCAUAGAAUUUUCCAUUUUGUCCGUCGAUAAUUUUUCCCCUCUGUUUGUUUUUCGAUUUUACGCGUCCCGCGGCGAAUGGUGGCGUCCGCACAACAACCCGAAAUUCCGUAAUUCCGUUCGUCGGACCGGAGUUUAUCUUUAGUAUGUACAAUAAUAUUAUUUGUGGUGAUAAAAACAUAACCCCCUCCAAACUAUUACGGCCGAACGUUUGACGGGAAAAGUAGUUUUACGGCGUACCUAUUGAGGGUUGUUUUUUUUUUUUUUUUACGAUCCCUCCGAACCGAGUUUUGAGUUUAUUGUUUUUUUUUUUUUUUUUUUUAUCCCCAAACAAUUUAGUAAAUUAACACAAAGGCGAUCGAUAUUGAAAAUUACGUUUUUUUAGAUGCGUAAUAUAAUUAUGAAUGGCGUGAAAUCGUGAUAAAUAAUUUUAUUUGUUAUUGAAAAUACGCAAUUUUUUUUAUUGCCUAGUAUUCCUUGUGUACCUAUUAUUUUAUUUAUCAGUUACGAAAAUAACCAUGAUUAAUAAUUAGCACAUAGAACUAUAGACAUAUAUUUUUUUUUUCAAUUAGUCACUUGCUCGUUUAAUUUGACUUUAUUAUUUUUUUUACAAGUAAAUAUAAAUAAUAUAUUUAUUCUGUAUUUUUUAAUUGAAAAUUUAAAUUACAAUACGUACAAAUUUAACUAAUUUCGCUAUUAAACAAACCACUAUGAUAUUCAUAUUAUUAGCUACUGUAUGUACAUAUACCUAUAUAUAUAUAUUGGCAUUUAAAUAAAAAAAAAAAAGUGCAUUACGUAACAAUUUUGUGUGUACCUACAUAAAGUUUUAUCUGGCAAAUUUGCAUAUUUUGCAUUAUUAAGGCAUAUUCUUUUUACGUUUUUGUAAUUUUUAGAAUAAAUUAAAGUAUAAAAUAGUCGCUGUCCAUAUUAAAUGCAACCAUUUUCUAUUAGAUGAUUUUUAAUUUAUUAUUGGUUAUAAAUGUAUAGUUUGUUUAUUUUAUAUUUUCAUCAUCCGAUGAACUUUUAUUGAUAAAUAUUAUCUUAACAUAAAAUUUAUUUAUAGAUGUCUGACUCUGAAGCAGUAGUAGAAAAGAGGCGUGGACGUCCAGCAAAAGACAAGUCCGAGGUAAUUAUUUGUAGUAGUUUUAUAACAAACAAAUUCAAUAAUUAUUAUUACAAUUGAUAUAUAUUUUUUAAUUCGCUUAUUUAUACAUGAUUUAAAUUGUCUGUAGGAUGUUAAGGAGCCCAAGAAGCGUGCACGUGAAACAGAGAAGAAAGACAAGGAUGUUGUGAAAAAGGAUGAUGAAGUCCCAGCUAAAAGAGGUAGAGGACGUCCUCCCAAGUCUGGAGCUUCAGGUGGAAAAAAAUCUUCAGACAAGCCUAAGGUAUAAUUCUUUUUCAAAAAAACAUGUUUUUUUGAAUUUUCAUUAUUAUUUUUUUAUGCUUUUAGAGCAAGACUGGUAAACGUGGCCGUCCAAAGAAAAGUGACAAAAAAGAAAAGGAAGAAUCCGCCGAAGAUGAAGACAGCAAAGAUGAAAACGAGGAUGAAGAUGACGAAUAAAUUACUACUUAAGAUUAAUCUCAACAAUUUGUGUGUUCUGUGUGCAGUGUAUCCUGAAUAAUUUAGAAUGCAUCAAAAACAAAUUUACAUUUUUGCCUAGUUAAGUUACGUAAUUUAUUGUACAACGGUAUGCAGUAUUUGUAGUUUAUAGCAUUUCAAUUUAAACUAAAUGUCAGAUUAAGUUAUUAUUGAUGGACAUAUUAUUGUAAUUUAAUAAUUAUGUAACCACUUAUAUUACUUAAGAAUUUUUCCUUAAAAAAUAACUUUUUUUAUUUUGUACCAUUAAUUUUUAAACAAACUUUUUUUACUAAUUUAUACAUCUGAAUUAUUGUCUUUAUUUUAUAAAAUAAAAUAUGUACUUGGAUAUUCAGUCGAAUAAUAAUAAGUUAGUAAUUUAUUUAGUACUAUUAAGAAGUUAAGUAAAAAUUUGUCAACAAAUAUAUAAUAUCUGUGUAAUCUGUAGACAAUUGGUUACCGAUAAAAUAAAGUGUUAACUUAUAUUUGGGUAAAUAAAAUGCAUUCAAUUAGAAAAAAACAAAGAUUGAUUAGGUUCAUUGUUUCAGUAAUCAAUAAUUCGGUUUUCUAAAAUUAUAAAUAGCAAUCAAUAUCUUUCAUUAGUUUAAUUACAUUUUACUCU